AUGGCUCCCGACCUCAACUCGGUGCCUCUCUCUCCAAGAGAAUCUACCCCAAACAUCUCCAACGGUAGGAGCAUUCCCGACAUGGCACCUCCACCUGCGCCUACUCCGGCCAAGCGACCAAACAUCCUCUACAUCAUGGCAGACCAGCUGGCCGCCCCGCUGCUCAAGAUGCACAACCCCAAGUCCCAGAUCAAGACCCCCAACCUCGACGCCCUCUCCGCGGGUUCCGUCAUCUUCGAUUCUGCAUACUGCCCUUCUCCUCUCUGCGCCCCCUCUCGAAUGUCCAUGGUCUCCGGUCAACUCCCUACCAAGAUUGGCUCGUAUGACAAUGCCGCUUCCAUUGACCCCAGCAUUCCUACCUACGCACACUACCUCCGAGCCGCUGGAUAUGAGACUACGCUGGCGGGCAAGAUGCACUUCAUCGGAGAGCAAUUGCAUGGCUAUGAGAGCCGGUUGACCAGUGACAUCUACCCUGGCGACUAUGGCUGGGCUGUUGAUUGGGAGGAGCCAGACAGAAGACUGGAAUGGUAUCACAAUGCCAGUUCUAUUCUUCAAGCUGGUCCCUGUGUUAGAAGCAACCAACUCGACUACGACGAGGAGGUCAUGUACAAGUCCAAGCAGUUCCUCUAUGACCACGUUAGAAAGGGCCCAAGCGUGCGCCCAUUCUGCAUGACCGUGUCGCUUACUCACCCUCACGACCCAUACACCAUUGAAAAGCAGUACUGGGACUUGUAUGAGGAUGUCGAUAUUGACCUCCCCGAUGUCAACAUCCCCCAAGAAGAAUUAGACUCCCACAGCCAGCGUUUACUCAAGGUUUGCGAUCUCUGGGGCAAGAAAUUCACCCAUGACGAAGUCAAGAGAGCCCGUCGUGCAUACUAUGGUGCUGUUUCCUAUGUCGAUGACUGCAUUGGGAAAUUGCUUCAAACCUUGAAGGACUGCCGCUUGGACCAAGAUACCAUUGUCGUCUUUAGUGGCGAUCACGGAGAUAUGCUUGGUGAGCGAGGACUGUGGUACAAGAUGUCUUACUUUGAGGCUUCUGUCCGAGUGCCACUCUUGAUUCAUCAUCCCGUUGCCUUCCCACCACACCGCGUCUCCGCCAACGUCUCAACUCUCGAUAUCCUCCCCACGCUAGUCGACCUGGUGCACACCAAGCUUUGGCCAGGCUUACCAAUGGAUGGCAAUUCUCUACUCCCACAUCUCGAGAACAGGCCUGGUGGCUCUGACACUGUUUUCGCCGAGUACUGCGGAGAAGGCACCAUUGCACCGAUGAUGAUGAUUCGUCGUGGCGAAUGGAAAUACAUCACGUGCCCAGCCGAUCCACCUCAACUUUACAACCUUGCCACCGAUCCCAAGGAACUAGUCAAUCUAGCUUCAUUGUCGCCCAAGAACUCUCUCGUUACAUCUGAAGUCGCGGAUACGCUUGCUGCGUUCACCGCAGAGGCUGAAGCAAAAUGGGACCUGAAGAAGAUCACUGCCGAUGUCCUCCUCUCUCAACGCCAACGCCGUCUCGUCUGGUCUGCGCUCAAGCAAGGUCAUUUCACCAGCUGGGACCACAAUCCCAACGAUGAUGGUAGAGAAAAGUAUAUCCGAUCUCACAAGCCGCUUGACGAUCUCGAGCUCAUGGCCCGAUACCCGGCCGUUGAUGCCAAGGGACGAGACCUGUACGGUGGCCAAGGUGGCUUCGGGGCUGGUGGCAUGGGAGGUGUUGUUUACGAGCAAGCCGGUGCACAUGGCCAGUAA